GUUGUAGUUUGUAGCGCCAUUAAAAAUUAUUUUUAAUAAGAAUUGUUUCGUAGACAACCAUAUUUUUAAAGUUCAACGCAUGACAGAAUCAAACGAAACAGAAAAUUUUGUCAACACUUAAUGGUCAAAGAAUAAUAUAAAAUAGAAUAAUGCAGAUAAUUGUACUUGAUAUGUUAUGAUGAUGUAGUAAUAUUUUCAUCAACGAAAAUUGCCACAGGUAAACAACUGUUAAAAAUAAUAAAGCUUCGGAUUAUGAUUUAAAAUUGUUAUUUAUUGCUGUUAUCUUAGUAAAGACCAAAGUAAUAAAAUCAGACAAGUUGGUCACGCCCACUUUUGAUUAAUUUCACUUUUACUUUUAACUCUUGUAUUUGCUUGGUCUCAAGUCUGCAAUUAGUUCAGUACACAAAAAAAAAAACAAAAAACAGUACUCAGACUUUGAGUCACUUUAAUUUAGGGUUUUUACAGUAUUAAUAUAACAAUUUUAGGACAGUUCAAUAAUAAUAAUUAUAUACACAUACAGUACGUCAGUACGUACAUCUCAGUUCUAAGCCUAAUUAAUAAUAAUAAUUAAUACUAAUACUAAUUACUUAAAUUUUAAAUUAAAAUUACUAGUAAUAUUUUAUGGUAACUACAUUUUCAUUUAACUGGGAGUUGGAGUAGAUCCUUGCUAUAACUUCUAAACCAGUGGUUCUCAAACUUUUUUCCGACCAUAGUAAUAAGAAUAAGGGGAGAGACUGCAAUCAGGUUAACAAAAUAGGAAAUGAGUACACCAAAGCAUGGUCAGACCUGAAAAAAGGAACGCAACAAGGAAGAAAAAAUUUGUCAGCGAACAAACAAAAUAAAAAACCAAAUUAAAUUAAAAAAUAGCACUUAGCUGAGAAGGAGUAUCCGAGAGGGCAGCAAAAGAAUUGGAACAGAAAAUAAGUAGUUGAGAGGUUUGAUGAAGGCAAAAAGGGAAAAAAAAGAGACGUCAGUCCACUGCAGCUUUAUUUACAGCUUGAGCAUUUGCCCCACUGCUCCACAUUAUGACCAAUCGCAGUUGACUGACUUCUCCUCUUUUCUUUCCCUUUUUGCCUGCAUUUAAUCUCUCACCUCUAUUUCUUCAUUAUGGCUUAAGGUACUAAAAACAGCCUGGAAAUCCUACUUUACCACUACAAAAAUAAAAAGAAGUAGGCCAAUUGAUUAUAUCUUUUUUUUUUUUUUUUUUUUUUUUUUUUUUUUUUUUACAGAAGAUGUCAAUUAUACAAGUUAAAGGAGCUGGAGGGACUGUUGGUGUGGAUCGUACAUCAUUUGUUGGGGCCAGGACACCUCAUGAAAUUCAAGCUAUGUUAAAACCUUUAGCUAAAUUAGAUAAAGUCAUUUUUUCAAAAAUUUUAAAAGGUUUGCAAAUCUCUACAUUUUUAAUAAAACCUGAAUCCUGUUAUUUAUGGUAAAAAAUGGAAAUUUCUUUGGAAUAUGUGAGCUAAGCGGUUACUGGAAAUUUGAUCGAAAGAAAUUUCGUCGACGGUAAAUUGAUAGACGGAAAUAUGAUCGAACGGAAAUAUGAUCGAAUGUAAAUUUGGUCAAAUCUUUUUUUCAGUUCUCACAUUAAAAUUUUCGUCAAAAUUCAUUUUGAACACACUACACUAUAUAAUAAAAUAAAAUAAUGGAUUCAAAAAGAAAUUUGAAGUAAAAUUUUAAUGUAAAAACUGAAAAAAAAGAUUCAACUAACUUUCCGUUAGAUCAAAUAACCGUCGAUCAAUUUACCGUCUACAAAAUUUCUUUCGAUCCAAUUUCCGGAUACGGAGCUAAGCAAGUAGGUCUACUGAAAUUUUAUUUGUGUCACACUUGUGAAUUUACCAUCCAUUUACCCAUUCAAAAUUAUACAUUAGAGUCUAAGUGUUUAUCCGGAUGCAUAAUAAAUUUACUAUUUUUUCAUCUUAAUUUUGCUUGAAAGAGUUGCUUCUAUUCAUUGAAGUUAAAAGACAAAAGUACCGUAUACAGAUACAAUGAUAAGAGAGAGAAAAAAAAACUUUACUCAUAGAAUGUUGGUGUCAAAUAUUUCAAAGGGAGAACUGAAACUGGAAGUUACCUAUUCUCAUAUCCCAUAAUUCCCUUGUUUUUUUUUUUUUAACUCUUGAAUUUGAACCAAUGUAGUUGCAUAGUGUUGUUGUUUCAAAAACUUUUUUUGUUGUUAUUAAUACCGGCAUUAAUACCUGAAACCAUAAAAACCACAUGGAGCUGAAUUAGUUUUUCACCAACUUCCUGCCAGUGGUCUAUCCAUAAAAUUAUUAGGCUUGUCACAAAAAAAUGUGGUAAAUCUGGUUAUGUAAGGAUUUUUUUAUUUUUUCGUUCAUAUUAAUUUGUAAAAAAUAAAUGCAGCCUCAUCAGAGUUUACUUUGUUAAUUUGCAAAGUGGUUUUUGCAGUUAUUGUUGGAGCAGCUUUAGGCACAAAACCCAGUUAUCAAAGCAUCAAAGCUCUUGUUAAAGAUAACCUGACAGAGGAAACCUUUGCUGUUAUUUACUGUGGCAUUGAUAAACUGCUGAAGCAAGCUUUAAAAAUUCCUAGCUCUUCAUUAAAAAGAGAGGUUUGUUGAAUUGACAUGUGGUUUAUAGUCUUAUUAUUGCUGAUAGGUGUGUGUGUAUAUAUAUAAAUUAGAAAUUUCUUCUACGCCUAAUAAAUUAAUUUCCAUAUAUUUAAUUUUUUUUAACAGCCAAUAAAAAGAAAUAUUUGAGUUAUUUAUUUUAACAUGACACAAAUUUAGUUUAAGAGCACAUUUAAAUAAACAUUUAUUUUGAAAUUAGUCGCAUAAUUUUGAACAAAAUAAUAACUACAUUAUAUUCGUAUUCAGCACUUUGUUCAAGAUCUCCAAGAACUACAGUAAGUUUAAGUUCAUAUUUUGCAUUUACAAAAAGAAUAGCUCAUUUUUUAACAUAAAAUGUUUUUAAAAAAUUGUAAUUUCUGUCUGGCCAUUCAAAUAAUCACACUGGCAUUUUGAAUGACUCAAUAUCAGACUAGCAUUCUGAAUGUAUCAAUUUCACAUUGGCAAACUGAAUGACUCAGUAUCACAUUGGCAUUCUGAAUGACUCAGUAUCCCAUUAGCAUUCUGAAUGACUCAAUAUCACACUGGCAUUCUGAUUGACUCAAUAUCACAUUGGCAUUCUGAAUGACUCAAUUUCACACUAGCAUUCUGAUUGACUCAAUAUCACACUGGAAUUCUGAAUGAUUAAAUUAUUAAAUUUAUUUACAUAUAUUUUUAUAUAUGCAUUCUUUUAACAGUUUCUCUCAUAAUAAUCAUAUUUAAUUGUAAUAAAUAUUAUUUAAAAAAAGAAUCACCCUCAAAAUUUUCAGAAUUCCUUCAGAGUUCCAUGAAGAUUUCAUUUCUUGUGUUUUUGGCCCAGUUCGAGCUCAAAUCGAUGAACAUUUAGAAUCUAACAGGCCUAAGCUUCCCUCCCUUGAACAGCUGGAUUGGAGAGUAGAUGUCGCCAUUUCAACGGGGUAAGUUUAAAACAAAUAUGCAAAGGUUAUGCAUUAGUUUAACCUAAUGUGCAAAUGUUAUGCAUUAGUCAAACAAAAGGUACAAGGGUUUUGAUUUAAAUUUAUCUCAAGGGUCUACAAAUUUUUAUGUCAAGAGCAAAUCAGAAAAUACCGGGUUCUUUCUCUGGAGCAAAAGUUAAAUUGACUAAAAGUGGUGUUCUUAAAUUGUUUCCUUGGUAUUAAUAUUGAGUGGGAAAAGGGGGAUUUAUCCUCUGGUAAUGGAGGCACAUCCUCCUUCAUGAAUUUCACAACUUAAAUUUAAAUUAAGCUACCGGUACCUGUAUUAAGAUAAUGCGAAACUCUGAUUAAACUGAAGGUUCAGGGUCUUUAAAAUUAAGGGCUACUGUGGCUGGUCUGCAUUGGAAAUUUCUUAAAACAAGUCCAUCCUCAUCAUUGGUAUGGAGUUCAGAGUUGGAACAAUAUGUUUGUUAAUUUCAGAGUAUUAAACAGAGUUCUUGUUCGUGGUGUCACCAUGGACAUGUCCCUCUCAGAUGGCAGCAUACACAACUUUGAGGUACUGUAAAAUCAUCUAUUUAUUAUUAUUAUUUUUUAUUGUUUUAUAUUUUUAGUAAUUUUUUGCUGAGCCAUGCUUUGAGAGUGAUUUUGUAGUAUGGUGAAUUGAUUUUAUAGUAUGGUGAAUCAUAUCUUAGAUAUUUUAGAUUGAGUGAUGUCAGUGAAAAUUAAGCGAAACAAAAUGGAAGAAACUGGAUUAUUGGGUAUACAAGCAAAAAAAAAUUAUGCUUACUAUAUGCGAGUAAAAAGAGAGAGCUGAUCUACAGUGAACAAUGAACAUAUUCAACUCAGGAUGUAAAUUGUCAUAUGAUGUAUGGUAUAUUCAGAGAAAUAAAUGACCCACAUUACUGGUUUGAAUACCUGUACAUCUAUUAUAUCUGAUAAAAUAUCUUUUUGGUUAAUAAGGUUUAAACUUAUUUCAGUGACUUUAAAUUUCAAAUUAGCAACUCAAUUAUUGUUUACUGAAUCUCAUGACUUAAUAUUUUAUUAUCAUUCAUUUAACUAACAGACUAUAUGUAAAUCUAUUUUUUUAAAAAUCUUUAUCAUUUUGUAGAUGUCUGUCUCAAAGUUUCAAGACCUCAGAUUUCACGUCGCUUCAGUUCUCAGUGAAAUGGAAAAGCUGGAGAAGCGCAGUAUUUUGAAAAUUAAAGACUGAACAGAAGGGUGGACCCGAAUGGAUUUAAUGCAGAGCUACCAUAUUUAAGUUAAUAUUUCCUCCUAAAAUCCUUGUAUGUAAAAUUGUUCAUCCUUUUUUUAAAUUUUGUAGCCGCAGUUCUCAGAUUUAAACUUUUGAUAGUAUCAUUGACUUCAAUGUUCCCUGUAUUGAUAAAACAUGUGACCUGUUUGGUCAUUAACAUAAUCUGUUGUCCACUCAGCAUUUUAAAUAAAUAAUGCAUUCAUUGGAAGUGCUGGCAGUUGUGACAGUCGGGCUCAAAACCCAAGUAGAACAGGGCAUUCCUGUCCCCAUCCAUUUUGUUACAGACCCUCAACAUAAGGUUAUUAUUAAUGAAUUCACCAGUAAAUGUUUUGAUUAUAUAAAGGAUUAAACAUAUAUUUUUGCCUGUGACACCUUAAACAUGGAUCAGUGUUAAAGUGGUGUUUGCAUAUUGUGUUAAAUUUUCAAUGACUUGUGUUGGGAUGCAUAGACUUUAUGCUUUUUCAUACACUUUUUGUUUACAUAAUUGUGCCAGCUGUGAAAAAUUUGAAAUAAAUUUUGUUACUAACUUUCUUAAAAGUGAAAGGGCAUUUUUAAAGAGUUUUUACUUCAUUGAAUAGUGUCUGCCUUUAUAAGGGAUGAUGUAUAAGGCAUAAAGAUAUGUUUGCUUGAGGAGUCAGUGAAAAAUUGCAGUUCCGAUUCUUGUAAAUACUGACUUAUGAAAUUCCAAAGUCUUUUCCAUGCUAGUAUUAAUGAUAUAUCUGUCUGUCAUAUCUAAUUCAGUUGACUUUAUUUCACUCUGAUUAGCUGUAACUCUCUAAAUGCGUCAUUUCAUUUUUUUUAGAAACAUGCAAUUUUUUUCCCUUAAAAUAUAGUAAACAUGGACAUCCUGAAGUUUUGUGAAAAUAUUUUUAAAAUCGCAAAAGUUGAAAUGACAUUUUUUUCAACAUACAAAAGUUGAAAUUACCUAUUUUUAAAACUGCAAAAAUUGAAAUGAUUUUUUUUUUGAACUGCUAAAGUUGAAAUGACAUUUUUUUUAAACUGCGAAAGUUGAAAUGACAGUUUUAAAACUGCAAAAUUUAAAAUGACAUUUUUUUAAAGCUGCUAAAGUUGAAAUUACAUUUUGUGUCACAUGGUCGAACAAAAUAUUAUAAAAUUUCUUUUUCAAGUUAUUAGGAUUUUAGGGUCUCCUGACUGAUGUGCCUUUCUAAGAGUUACAGCGAAUCAUGGGUUCUUUCAAACUUAUGUUAAUUUAAUGUGUUCACAACAGUUUUAUCAGUUAAUGUAAAAACUCAAAGCUGAUUACGGGUUUUAUUUUAUCACUAAGAAGUAUCUGGGUGCUGGGUGGCCGAUUGUGAGCAAAUCUUAAGCUGGUGGUGUGGAGUUCAAUUCAAAAGCACUGUCAAGGAGGGUGCAUCACAGGUCAUAGGCGGACCUAAACAGAUGGGUUUUAAGGGACUUUUUGAAAGUGGACGAGGUUUCACAAUGACGGAUGUGGAAGGGGAGCUGGUUCCAGAACGUGGGCGCAUGGAAGUAGAAGGAGCGUUCACCGAUGGUCUUAGUUUUGGUUCUUGGGAUUGAGAGGGUUCUAUUGUCAAAUGAAGAGCGUAGUUUUCUUGUGGGGAUGUAAGGAAGCAACAGUUCCCUUGGGUUAUCCAGUGACAUGGAGAGAGGCGAAUUGCUGUUGGGAACCAGCUUAUAAUCUUAGAGAAUAAUCCCAGACCUUGAGACUUGAGGAUUUGGUCCUGCGAAGUCUUUCACCAUCGAAGUGUUUCACCAUCGUCACAUUGUGACAGAUGGAUGCCAGAAAAAAAAAAAAAAAAAAAAAAAAAGAAGUCUCUGUUAUCUGAUAAGUGUUCUAUGUCCAUUAUUACAAUAUGUAUAUGUGUGUUGUUGUUUACUUGUGGGAAACUAUUUUUAGUCCUUUAGUUCAGGUUUCUUUUUACUUUCAAGAUAUUGUUGUAUCACUAAAAUGCCAGAGAUUUGGCUGUACAUCCUGGUACUGUUAUAUUGUACUUCUUCUAUAUCUAUUGGCAACUCUGACAUCACACUCUCUCCCUCUGCCAGAAACCUUGGAGUCACGCUUACGGACACCCUCUCCAUGGACAAACAUGUCACGAAUAUAUGCAGAUCAGCAUAUAACGAAAUUAGAAAAAUCAGCACCAUUAGACACCUCCUCUCCUUUGAUGCCACAAAAACUCUCGUCUCUUCACUCAUUCUUUCAAAAUUUGACUACUGUAACAUUCUUCUCUCAGGCAUUCCUCAACACCACAUAGAAAAACUUCAGAAGGCACAGAACUCAGCAUGCAGACUCAUUUUUAAAUUAAAGAAACAUGACCACAUUCAACC